AUGGAAUUCUCAAUUUCACAGCAAGACUUUGUUUUUGAACGCGAAGGCCUUCUAAGAGAUAUAUAUAAAAUCGGUAACAAAAUAGGUGAAGGUGCUUUUAGCAGUGUGCGAAGAAUUAAGCAUCGUGAGACCCUAGAAAAAAGAGCAGUGAAAACAGUGCACAAGAAAAAGCUCAGGAACGAGUCAGAAAGGCAAAUGAUUUUCAAUGAAGUCAGCAUCUUAUCUAAACUUGACCACCCCAACAUUUUGAAAAUAUAUGAGUUUUACCAGGACGAGAAAAAUUAUUACAUCAUUACAGAAUUCUGCUCUGGUGGCGAAUUAUUUGAAAAAAUCAUCAGGGAUGGGAACCUAAGCGAAGGGUUAGCAGCAAGCUACAUGAGGCAGUUGUUAGCUGUGCUUGUAUACUUGCAUGACAGACAUGUUGUUCAUCGAGACAUCAAGCCAGAAAACCUGGUGUUGAGUAGCUCAGAGCCUGAUUCAAUAUUAAAAGUAAUUGACUUUGGGACAGCUCAGGCUUAUACACCAGGAGAAAAAAUGCAUACGAGGUUUGGGACUCCUUAUUACAUUGCUCCAGAAGUACUGGCUCAAAGGUAUGAUGAGAAGUGUGACAUGUGGAGUGCUGGGGUUAAUAUGUAUAUUUUGCUUUCAGGAAUGCCUCCGUUUGGUGGAAAUUCAGACCAUGAAAUUCUUAAUAAAGUCAAAACUGGGAGGUAUUCGUUUCCAUCGCCUGAGUGGGACUCAAUUUCGUUUGAAGCUAAAGACUUGAUUGAAAAAAUGUUGACUUUUGACCCAGAAAGGAGAAUUUCUGCUAGAGAAGCACUUGCACAUCCAUGGCUGCUAAAUGCUGCAAGAUUUCGCAUUGACCAGGCUGCUGCUAGGACUGCUUUAGGAAACCUGAAAAACUUCAGAACUGGACAAAAACUCAAAAAAGCGACUCUUGCUUAUAUUGCUUCACAGCUAGCUACAAAGACAGAAAGAGAGGAAAUGGUUAAAUUAUUUGAUAAAUAAAAUGCUGGCAACUCUUAUUGAAAUUCAAAAUAUCUUUUUUAAAAAUUAGGCAAGAGAUAUUGCAAUUUCCUGUGGAUAGCGCUGUUUUGGCCUUGAUUUUUCCACUGGAAAAUUUUUGGUUCGACUAGUACCAUAUGGUUUGAUCAAUCCAAAAAAAUUCUAGUGGGAAAAAUCAAGGCCAAAAUAGCGCCAUCCACGUGAAAAUCCCAUAAAAAUUAAAACAAUAUUAAAUAAUUUAAUUUUAAAUUAUUCGAAUCUUUAGACACAGAUGAAAAUGGGACUGUAUCACGAGACGAGCUUAGACAUGGAUUUGAGCUAAUCUUUGCCACUGAAUUUGAAGACAUUGAUGAAGAAAUUAAUAGAAUUAUGAACGAAGUUGACAUAAACAGGUCUGGAGAAAUUGACUACAAUGAGUUUGUGACUGCUUGCUUAAAUCGGCAAAAUUUAGUGUCGAGAAAAAGACUUGAGGCAGCCUUUAAAGCUUUUGAUUUGGAUGGAAGCGGGACAAUUACUGCAGAUGAGCUUAAGGAAAUUUUGGGGAAAUACCAUAAGCACGAUGAUCAAUUCUGGAGAGAUAUGAUAAGAGAAGCCGACCUGAAUGGAGAUGGAGUUAUUGAUUUACAAGAAUUUGUAAAGAUGAUGCUUGAAAAUAACCAAGUUAGAUUUUAA